GUCUCCCCAAAAACGAUGUUACUUUGUUUCCGCACUCCAGCAACAUUCUCCUUCCGCUGCCGCCCCAUUCUUCUCCCUCCGGCAUUCUCUCCGGCGCUGGUGCAGACAGGAAGACGGUACCGGAUUCACCUCAAUUGUGCAGAUUCUUCAAAUGGGCAUCCGUUGAAUGCUGUUUCCAAACUAGAUGGAAAAGAAGACAAGAGUGAUGGAGAUACAACUGGUGGAACCACACUUAGCAUUAUCGUGAUUGGAGCUUCUGGAGAUCUUGCUAAGAAGAAGAUAUUCCCUGCACUUUUCGCACUCUAUUAUGAUAAUUGUCUUCCAGAGUAUUUCACAGUAUUUGGUUAUUCCCGGAGUAAGAUGAGCGACAAGGAACUGAGAACUGCAAUUAGCCAGACCUUAACCUGUCGGAUCGACCAGAGGGAAAAUUGUAGUGGUAAGAUGGACAAGUUUCUGCAGAGGUGUUUCUACCAUCCAGGGCAGUAUGGAUCGAAUCAAGAUUUCGCAGAGCUUCAUAAUAAGCUUCAAAAGAAAGAGGGUGGGAAGUUGUCCAAUAGGUUGUUUUACCUCUCAAUUCCUCCAAAUGUGUUUGUUGAAGUGGUUUCCAGUGCUUCUACUUCUGCUUCCUCUCCCAAUGGUUGGACGCGAGUUAUCGUCGAAAAGCCAUUCGGUCGGGACUCCGAAUCAUCUGCGCAGCUCACCACUAGUCUGAAGAAGUACUUACAAGAAGAACAGAUCUUCAGGAUCGAUCACUACUUGGGUAAGGAGCUAGUUGAGAAUCUAUCUGUUCUUCGGUUCUCGAAUCUUAUCUUCGAACCACUGUGGUCUCGGAAGUACAUCAGAAGUGUUCAGUUCGUGUUCUCCGAGGAUUUUGGAACGGAGGGUCGUGGAUAUUUCGAUAGCUAUGGUAUCAUCAGGGAUAUAAUGCAGAAUCAUCUCCUUCAGAUACUGGCCUUAUUCGCCAUGGAAGCCCCUGUUAGCUUGGACGCCGAAGACAUUCGUAACGAAAAGGUUAAGGUUUUAAGGUCAAUGAGGAAACUGAAAUUGGAAGAUGUGGUAAUUGGACAGUACAAGGGUCAUCAAAUUGAUGGAAAAACAAAACCCUCCUACACAGAUGAUCCAUUGGUCUCCAAAACAGCUUGA